AUGCCUGAAAUAUGUCUCAACGUUCUAUCCAUACACCCCACCGAAAGCUCACAAGUCUUUGAAAUCUCGGUUGAUGAUGCACUGCCAACAUCAAAAUUAAAAAGUGCUAUCGAAAACCAUCUCCGGUGGCCCGAAUCAACCCACUUAUGGAUGGCACCUCCUGGUAUUUACUGUGAGCUUGGCGUGGUCCGCAAACAACAUGCUUCAAGUUACCCGCGAGAUACUCCUCUGGAUGAUGUACCACGCAAGUGGAUUACGAAGGCUCGGGCCCGUAGCGAAGAAGAGCUUCAUUUUAUUGCCAUCUCACUUGAGCCCUUCAUCUUCAGAUUGUACAACAUGCAAACAGGCACAAUCACUUCAUGCGAAGCUCGCCUCAAUGCUCAAGACCCAAUUCGGCUGUUCGUCGGGGAUGCAUCAGAUACAAAAGUCUACAAGCUGCCCCCUGAGUAUCGAAGCCAAGAUGCUGAUCUAAGCACCUUGGACCUUACCAAACUCACCGAGGUCCGGAUGGGGGAUCUCCUCUGCGACCACUACCCAUGGGGUCCCUUGAGUCAUGAAGUCCAGUUUGUGAUUGCCCCCCCUCCAAAGCAGCAUUCUUCGGAAGACGGGGAUGUUCUUGGUGACUUGCCGUCCCUCCGUGACGAACGAAUGGAAUUUUUCGAAUCUCAUCCAAUGAAGCCGCCUUCAUCGGAGACCGUGGAAGGCUCAUGUGAAGCAAUGGAAACGGGGCGACCCUUGGAUACCACAGUACCGGCGUCCCUAUUCGACAAGAUAUUGUUCGAACUGCAUCACGAUUUGUCGAGUGCUACGCCGAGCGAUACUGACUGGGAAGUCUUCUAUGAGCUGCGGCGAGUGAUGAAAGGGAUUUUCACGAAAGAGCUGUUUCGCCGGAAUGCCUUUCAUACAAUCUUGCAGCAAGUUUUGCCAGAUCUCCCUCGUCCGGGCCGGAUCGGUCCCUAUGAAACUGAUGGCGAUAUGUGCGUGCCCAUGAGCGGCGCACGUUUCAUUUACUGGAUCGACGAGAUCAAGAACGAACUGGUAAAAAUCCACACUGAACCCCAUGUCCAAGCAGCCCGUUGUUAUCUUGAACAUUGUCGAGAAUGUACCUUGAAGGGAAUGGAUUUAGUUCAUUUUAAUUUCCCCGCAAUAUUGAUCUGUCAGAUUGGAACAUUGAUGAUCAUUUCCGUCGCCGUCUUAACGUCCAAACCUUUUGUGCAGCAGCUUGCCACUGUCUCAUUGAACGCGCAUAAUACCGAUAUACAACAGAUGGAGGCCGGUGCACGCGCCAUCGCGGCGCUGCGCAUUGCUGCUGCGUCCUUAUCGGCACAAUACCCAUCACUCUUGGAGGACCGUUCUCGGCAGCCAAAAUACCCCUUCCCGCGCUCGUUCAUCCUGGACGGAACGAUCGUCAACUUCACCUACGUCAAAGCUCUGUACCCGCAGAAACGGCUGUAUCGUGCUGACUGCGAGUAUGAAGGUUCGCCGCGGAAGGUUAUUGUCAAGUACACGCUGCGCUACUCGCGACAAGCACACGUUCGCGCCGUCGCCCUAGGAUUCGCCCCGCGCCUAUUGGAUGUCCAGGAAUUCUACCAGUGGUAUAUGGUCGUUAUGGAGGACGUCUCUGCAGACUACACGCCUUUGUAUGCAUGGCAGGGAAAGACGGAGGAGCUCGAGGAGCCGGUGAGGGAGGUCGUUGACAAGCUCCAUAACGACGGGUUUGUCCACGGCGACGUGCGAGACGUCAACAUCCUCGUUCGCAAUGCCGCGUCGGAUGGCCAGCCUAGGAUUCUGCUGGUCGACUGGGAUUGGGCUGGGCGAGAAGGCGAGGUCCGCUACCCGCGAAACAUCAGCCCGGACAUUCCUCGACACCAGGAUGCCGUCGCUGGUGCCAUAAUCAAGAGAUCUCACGAUGUGAAGAUGGUCGAUGACCUUUUUCCGAAGACCCAUCCACAGGACUCAUAG